GAAAGAAGGACCACAAUUGCUACGGAUGGCUGAAGGGCGACUGUAAGAAAGGUGACAAAUGUACCUGCAAACACGACCCCAACAUGAAGGGCAAGAAGGCCGCACCUUCGGCUAAGACGUCUGAUGCCAAGGCUACCCCAGCAUUGGUCCGUGAGUAUGAUGAUGACUUCAUCGUGAGUGCAAUGCCAAGUGAGAAGAAGGUCAAGAUGGAUGUCAAAUUCAGGGAGCAUGUGGACACAUUCGCGUACGUGAAGCAUGACUUUGUGCAGUGCUCGAAUCGGAGACCAAAGAGAAACUUGUCAAGAGCUCAGAAACAAUCUUUGCCGUGCAAGUCUACCCAUGAUAUCAUGACCGACCAACAAUGGGUACUACAAGCCAAACUGAGUAUGACGCGGGCACAUGCAAUUGGCAUUUUGAUGGACGACCUCAACGAGUUUUCGGACGUAGAUGAGGUGCACAUUGUCCUGGGCCCCAAGAGUGAUAUCAAGCUCAAGAUCAACAGCAAUGAAUAUCUGGAGGACAACCCACGGGCAGAGAUGUGUUACGAGGGGGUUAUCCCUCACGCUGAGUUGGUGAUGAAGGUGUUGGUUCUCAUGGGCAACAGCACUGCAUCGAGGAAGACUAAGAAGAAGAGAAGAUCUAAGCGAAAGACAGUUCCUGCAGCAGCUGGAGAAGAACAGGAUGAUGACAACGGUGAUGACAAACCCAAGAAGAGCAAGAUCACCAACCGAGUUGAACGUCAAGAAGAGGAAUUCGACCGGAUGAUGAACGAGAUGAACAUCAAGCUCGACAAAGAGAAGAGCGACAAGGUCGAAGUUGUUGGUGAACCCCCAAUGCCUCCUCCUGAUGGCGAACCCCCAUAUGACGGACCAGAACACCACUCUAUGGGCAAACCUGGUGACGGUAUCAUCUACCUCAGCGACAUUGGCGAGCACGUCAAGCUCGACAACCGAGGCCGGCCUUAUCGUGUUGGUCCUGAUGGUCGCAAAGAAGUACGAGGGUCACCAAGGCCAAAGAGCAGUUAUAGACCAGAAGAACGGAGAGCUUUGUCCGCCAAGGAGAGGGAUGUCAUCAUUCGUCGAGGCAAGCUGGAAGCUGAGGCCGAGAAGCUCAAGGAGAUCAAGUUGAAGAAAGAGAAGGAAAAGAAGGCCAAAGUCGAGGCUGCCGAAAAAAAGAAGAAGUCCGAUGCAAGCUCACACAAAGAUCCACCAAAAGGUGAAAGCCGAAAGAAGAAGAAAAAGAGUAAUAAAGACUCGAAGGAGAGCUCAGGCAAAGAUGGCGGCAAGGACGCUGCCGCUGGCGUGGGGAUACUCCAAGGUGAAUGGGUAGGCAUACCUGCGACCCGUGGGCCGAGGAAGUUGAACCAUGUCAGGGAUCAUGGCGAUCGGGUAGGCGUGUCAGCGACCUGUGAUGCAAAUGGUCUCAUCAACUUCAACAAGUACAACGCUGUCUCUCCUACGGCACCCACUCUGGCAUUGAGGGACAACGGGAAGCACAGUGUCAUCCUGCCAACGUACCGGGAGUACGAGCCUUCCUACAGCAGUUUGCCAGACAACACGGUCGACAAAUGGCAUGCGAUCGGGAUCAGCCCAAUCGCAGCGGCUUCAGCUUGCUUCUUGAGCAAGAUUCCUUCAAACAGGUCUGAAGUGGACGCCAUCACAUUGUUCCUUCAGGUCAUGGAGUUGGUCAAGUGCCCAGAGGAGCUGAACCAAGGUGCCAAGCGCUUCCUGGAGAGGUGCACGACCUACAUGAAGACGUUUGUCCAGUUGGCGUCACGGGACAACCACAAGGUCUUUGCAUUUUGCACGUCUGGAUGCAUCAACAGCUUAGGAAACAUGUGGGAGUACAUCAAGAACUUCCAUGUACCUUAUCCUAUCAAGCAUGAGCCAACCUUUACUCUGGCCAUGUUACGUGAUCAUCUACGUGAAUUCAAACUUCGACCUUAUGGUGGGGAUCUACGUGGAGUCAAUCAAUCGGUGCCUGCCGAGAACACGUGGUUGAGCGCGACGAGGAAGAUGGAUGGAUCUCUCAAUCCAUCUGACCCUGACGCCCCGAUCAUCAUCUCAUUCAGGGCAAUUCACCGAGAGCUCCACUACUUCACCAUGGACACGUCAUGGGAAUCCAAGAACACCCAGCGUUUGUUCAACGCUGCACUCGAUGAAUGGCAACGUCAAGUCAUGCACCUGGGGCACGCCUGGCGAUGCUACAACCAGCAAGUGGAUGACGAGGGCGAGCCGAUUGAACCAAUGGAUACAAGUUCCUUCAAACAGUUUUUGGAAGCCAUGGCGGUUCUCAAGCCCAAGAUGCAGCUUACGGCAGAUCCUUGCAUAGGAGUUAAAGACUUGUUUGACUCCCUCGAGGGUUACUUGGUGGAAAACGGGAACAUGAACCUUUACAAGAUGGUGGAACCGCCGGUGGGGAUUUCAUGGAAAAGUACUACCAACCCUAGUUGGCUCGCCAAGAAUGGUGUGCUCUACAAAAAGUACUUGGCCAUAGCGCCAAACGGUGUUCUGCCAGCCAAGAAACACCGCAGUGCCCUGAUGAAGUUGCAGGAAAAGAAGAAUGUGAACCACACCAACAAAACACCCGAAGACUUUGCAGAAAAAGUUGAUGAGUGGAUCCGCAUAGGCUUUGCGCAUCUCAGGGCUUUGAAGCAGUCCAGCACGGCUCAACAGCGGUGCUUCAGAAAAGCGGAUGGUGAAGAACAAGCAAUCUUGAAGGAAAUCAUCGACAUAAUGGAGUUGGGGGAUGGAUCUGAGAAUGGCAAUAGUGAUGAUUCUCAGAAAAGUGAGGAGGUCACUUCCCUGGUGCCGGUGGAAGCUUCGACGACACCAACCUUUCAGACGCCUGAGCCUGCAAAGAAACAUGUCCCUACCUUGGUUCUGGACCCAAAGGAUGUGUUCAGGAUGGUCUUGAAGAGAGACCCCUUCACUCUUGAUUCCCCUGAGAAGUCUGAGAAGCAAUCAAAGGCAAAGAAGGUACGUGGCCACAGCCCUGUGCACGUGGACGCAGUGAAAAGCCCUGAGAAAUUCAAAGGGUUUUUGGAUGGCUUGGUUACCAUAGGGCAUGUCGAUGCUUCCGAGGCGGCUGUGCUAGAGCAAGUACAAGGCCAGCAGCCCAUCAACAAUGGGUUCAAAUCGCAACUUUCUAGAGCCAACAAAACCAAGAAAGCAGCUCAGCAAGCCGAGGUUGACAGCAAUGAUGGCGAUGAAGCAAAGGCAAAGGCAAAGAGCAAGAGCAAGAGCAAGAGCAAGAAGACAGAGAUUCAGUGUGAGGCUCAGACAGCAGCAGCUGUCCAGCAGACCGCAGCUGACACCCCAGCACUUACCCAGAAGUUGAAAAAUCCGAAGUGUAAAAAUGGCAAGGGUGAAGAUGGCCCAGAAAAGCAAAAGCGUAGCAGGAAGAGCAAGAAGGAGAUUCAAGACGAAGGAGGACCAGGUAAGAGACCUGUCCCAGAGGGCAUGGACCCAGGGAAAAACAGAUCAGAAAACCGUAAGUUGGUCACCAGCCGCGCAUACCACCAAGCUGCUGACGCCCAUUGGGCACUUGGAACUGAGGAGGAUGAUAGUGCAGAGUGGUGGGAACAGUGUAAGGUCAAAGGCCGCCAGGCUGCAGCAAAAGCUGGAGCUGACUUUGAUUUGAUGUGGCCCCAGUCCCAAGUCAUCAACGUGGCUUCUGGAGUUGCUGGGGAACCAGUUUCAGCAUCCAGUCAAGCUGCUCUCGACGCUGCACUCGCUAUGUCUGACUCUUCAGAUGAGAUGGCCGAGGAAGAGGACUACCAAAAGAAGAAGUCCAAAAAGUCCAAAAAGAACAAGAAGAUGGGGAAGGGCAUGAAGUUUGGCAAGUGA